AAAAACCGUACAAUUAUGUCAAAGAAUCCUAACUGGCAACCGAGGACGUGGCGUGUUGUACCGCUAGGUCCUCCAGGCCACUUCGCUUCGCAGUCCUCGCUCUUCGCCAGUCAUCAUCAGUUCCCCGCAAGACACGACACAAUGAAGGUUGUUAUUGUGCUCCUCGCAACUGUCGCUGCAGUCUCAGCAGUCAAGAUCAGCAACUGCGGCGGCUCAGCUACAGUUGACUUCAACAACAUAGAAAUGACAGGAUGUCUUAAGAACAAGAGAAAGUGUAUGUUCCCAAAAGGACAAGAUGCUUCGAUGUCGUUGCCUUUCACACCACAUCACGAGGUGACAGCAGUAAAGGCAAAGGUCACCGCCUUCAUCGGCCCCAUCCCGAUCCCCUUCAACUUGCCCAACAGUGAUGGCUGCACAAACUCCUCUUUGCGGUGCCCGAUGCCCGCUGGCCAGCAGGGCGUGUACACUGCCUCGCUUCCGAUCAGAUCGGAAUAUCCUUCCAUCAGUUUGCAGGUCAUGUGGGAGUUGAGAGACCAGAACAACAACAAGUUGGUUUGCAUCAAAUUCCCAGUUCAGGUGAAGAACUGAAGUGAUGACUAUGAAAUAAAUGUUAGAACAUGUAAAAAAAAAUGUCAAGGAUGAAUAUGCUGUGAACUUUUAUCAAUCAUCUUUCAUUCAGUAUUAGUUUGCAUUUGUUUUAGUAUGUGCAAAUGUGAAUAGUGUGGAUUAUAUGUAACUACAAUUUAGCAAAUGAAUUUGGUAUAUAAGCAACAUGCAAAUUAUUAAGGAUCUUUAAUGAGUUUUAAUUCUGCAUCAGAUAUUCACAUUUGUCCAUUAUUAAAUUCAGCUUCUAGGAUUAUUUAUGGUAUUCACAUUUAUAUGCACUUUAAACUGAAGUACUGAUAGAAGUUUAGCAUAAACAGUUUCUAUACAUUUUUUGUUAUAUACAUUUCUUAAGAAUAAAUAUUUUAUACAGUUAAUGUUCUAUGUAUAUUGGACUAGUAUAUGUAUGCUUUAGUUAUAUAAGGUUAUCAUCAUGUUACAGAUUACUCAUUUGUGAAACCAAAAAAUAAACAUUAAAAUAU